AUGCGCGAGGGCAAUGAUCUAUUGGCACCUGCAGACGAAGAUUCCAUGGUGAGGAGGGAAGGAAGGCUCUCCCGGCCGUUGUAUCCACGUCGAGAAUUAAGCUUAAAUAAGGUCAAAAAACCGGCUAAGGGGUCAAAAAAAAAACCAAAACCCUUUAGUAUCGAACGGCCCCUAAACUUCAGCUGGAACUUUACUACGCCUUCGACCGUCACGGACUUAAGGACCGCGUUUUCAAGUAGCCAUUCCUUGAAAGUUGUGACGUGGACCUCCACGGUUCCUUCUUUGCGGACAUAA